GUUUGAAGGUUCAUAUAAUGUCAGCUUUUUAAACAACUCUUAUUUAAAAAAGUAAUGAUCGGCCCAACCAUUCCAGAACAUUUAUUGAAAAAGAAAAGUAUUGAAUCAGAGAUUACGAUCUCUGACGAAGAAGAUGACAGACAUAUUGGACCACAGAUUCCUCAAGACAUCUUGCAAAAAAGACAACAAAAUAAAGCGGUAAACAGUCAUGCAGCGAUCGGUCCACAAAUACUAGAAGACCUUGUUGAACAAAAGAAUGAACAAUUCGACAAAAUGAAUGACACAUGUAACGACUAUACAAAAAAGACAGAAGCAGCCAGCAGGAAGAAGAAGACAGCCUAUUGGCCCCAGUUUACCCAGUGAAUUUAUUACUUCACAAGAAGAAGAAGAAGUUAUUGGACCAUCUUUGCCCAAAGACUAUAAUCCUGAAGAAGAAGCAAAGUAUUCUGCUAUUCAAGCUAUUGAAGAGCGGGUGCGUUUAAGUAAAGCAGCAAUGGAAAAGAAAGAUGAAAAGCCAAAAGUAGAGCGACCUGAGUGGAUGAUAGCGCCUCCUGAGAUAGAUUAUUUAAAGAAUGCUAAUUCGUCGCGAUCAAGACAGUUUUCAAAUAAAGAUGUUGGUGAAAUUGAUUCUAGUAGUUGGACAGAUACACCUGCAGAGAAAGAACGUAAACGGAAAGAAGGAACUUUGGGAAAACGAAAAGCAGAAGAACCAAUUGUGUAUUCGUCACAAGAUAUUGAAAGAAGGAGAGCGAUUGAAGAAUACAAUAUGAAAACAAGACCAAUGUCGCUAUUGGAAAUACAUCGACAGAAAAAGAAAAAGUCAAAAGAAACACCUGAGGAUGUAUCAAAGAGACCCUUUGAUAGAGAAAAGGACUUGCUGGCGCCAAAAAGAAUGGAUAGCAAACAAAAGAAAGAACUGCUGAGGCAGUCUGGUGAACUGAACUCAAUGUUUGGCCAUGGUAAAAGUUCAUUCUUAUAAUAAAAAUCUCAGCCUUUGUUGUUGUCCAAUAAGAAAUAAUCAAAGGGCAACCGAUAAAAAAAGAAACGAACAGAACACUUUAAUUUUCUCCUUUUUUUUUUCCAGAC